GGCCAGAGAGAGAGCCAGGCUGCAGGAGGAGGAGGACGAUCAAGCCGGCAGCAGCCUAUAUAACAGUAGAGGCACACACGUCGUCCCAGGCCAGACAGCCAACAAGCUGCAGGAAGCUCACGCCAAGAGAGCCCCUCUUCCCGAUCCCGUCUCCUCCUCCUCCUCCUUCCUCCUCGCCGUCGUUGCGUUGCUUCGCGAAAAGGCGAAGAUGCUGCUGCUGCGGGCGUCGACGCCGUUCGGGUACGCCAAGGUGGACAAGGUGGACGCGGAGGAGGCGCGGCACCUCAGGGCGCAGUACCUCAUCCACAAGGUGCUGGAGGAGAAGAGCCCCAGGCCGUCGGCGCUGGUGACGAGGACCAGGCCCAGGAUCGGCGUCCGGCUCAAGAAGCUCAGGGUCGCCGUCCGUGGCCUCAGGGCGCGCGCGUGCCGGGCCCUGCAGAGGCACCUCAGGAACCUGAGGCGGCUCGUCGGCAACGGACCUCAGGGGUCGCCGUCGCCUUAUUGAUGACCCGUGUCUCUGGCGCUUCUGGGAGAAGAGGAGGAGGACGAAUCCUCGUGCCUCCAUUUUUUUUUUUGGGGUUUGGUUCUUGGGUGUUGUUGCGUGGCAAUGGAUCAAAUCGAAGCAAUGGUUCGUAACAUCUGAGCUGCUUCGCUGAGAGAUCGGGAUCAUUUGUAUGCGUUUUAAUUAGGUGUUGGAAUGGAAUCAUAUAUAUACAUACAUAUAAUCCUACAGAAUGUGUAAUAGUAGUAGCAAUCAAGAAAUGCUCCUGCAGUUUUAUGCCUCUC